UUUAUGCGGGACCCUUGGUGAAUGAUUAAAAGCUAAAACCUCAAGCUUCUCCCACACCGAAUCCUCUGAACUAUCAGCUUCACCAUCACCGGCACCGCCGGAAGGCCCCGCAAAAGCCACCUUCUUUCCGAUAUCAGCAGCCGAGAUGGCUCAUCACCAGCCAUACGAUCCCUACUACCUCCACCACCAACCACAGCCACAACAAGUAGACUUCAACGAUGACCGGGGCAGAAUCAACACGCUCUUCGUGUCGGGGCUCCCCGACGACGUAAAGGCGCGUGAGAUUCACAAUCUAUUCCGCCGCCGCCCCGGUUUUGACUCUUGCCAGCUGAAGUACACCGGCCGCGGAAACCAGGUCGUGGCAUUUGCCACCUUCUUCAAUCAUCAAUCAGCAAUAGCAGCACUGCACGCUUUAAAUGGUGUAAAAUUUGAUCCUCAAACUGGAUCUGUUCUUCAUAUUGAGCUUGCGAGAUCAAACUCCAGGAGAAAACGAAAACCAGGUAGUGGAGCCUAUGUUGUUAUAGAUAAAAGAACUAAGUCUGACACAAAUGCCCAAGAAACAUCUGGCGACGAUGGAGACAGUGAAUCUGAUGAACCAUCAGGGACUGAGAAUCCUGAAUCCGGCGAGAAUGAUGAUUUAGUGACCUCAAAAAGCAGCGAGACGGCUGGUGGUCCUGACAAUGUUGUGGCUUCGGAGCAGGCAGAGAAACCUGUCGAUGGAGGACCAUGUUCCACUCUAUUUAUUGCAAAUCUAGGACCGAACUGCACUGAAGAUGAACUGAAGCAAGCACUAUCUCAGUAUCCAGGAUUCAAUAUGCUCAUUUUGCGUGCUAAAAGUGGAAUGCCAGUUGCAUUUGCAGACUUUGAGGAAAUCGAACAAGCAAAUAAAGUAAUGGAGGAACUUCAGGGGAGCUUGUUACCAUCAUCAGAUAGGGGUGGCAUGCAUAUAGAGUAUGCAAGGUCUAAAAUGAGGAAACGGUAGGGGGAAAUGUCGUCAAAAGCUUCUAUGCUAUGAAGUCAAUUUUCGAUGCAUAAGAAAAGGGUCGGAGGUGACAACUUUGCAGAACUUUUUAUUUCGAUCAUACAUUAUAAUUGCAUCUCUUGAUCUUACUAGUAAGCUGGAUUUUGAAACCAACGGUGUAAAGCUCUAGGAAAUUGCUGCGUCUGAAAUUGUAACAAAGGUUGAAGUUUGACUAGAACUGAGAUCCAUCCUGUUAAUUGACGUUCUCCUUUUGAGUUUGUGAAA